ACGACGUUUCGGUCCGCUACUUUUGCUGUUUCCGGCGAAGGUUUUAUCGCACGUGGUAUAACAUUCGAGAACACGGCUGGACCGGAGAAACAUCAGGCUGUGGCUCUCCGAUCAGGUUCAGACUUCUCCGUCUUCUACGGCUGCUCUUUCAAAGGCUAUCAAGACACUCUCUACCUUCACUCUCGCCGUCAGUUCUUGAGAACUGUAAUAUUCAUGGAACCGUUGAUUUCAUCUUCGGAGACGCAACCGCAUUCCUCCAGAACUGCAACAUCUACGCUCUCAAGCCGAUGAGCGGUCAGAAAAACACGAUCAUCGCUCAAUCACGCAAAGACCCGAACGAGAACACAGGUUUCGUCGUACAUGGCUCUACGGUGGCUACAGCGUCCGAGACUUACUUAGGACGGCCGUGGAAGUCGUAUUCGAGGACGGUUUUCAUGAAAUGUAACCUUGGAGGGUUGGUGAAUCCAGCGGGGUGGUUGCCUUGGAACGGCGAGUUUGCUCUGAGGACUCUUUAUUACGGUGAGUAUGGUAAUACCGGCGCUGGAGCAAGUGUCGCCGGUAGAGUUAAGUGGCCAGAUUACCAUGUUAUAAAGACGGCGACGGAGGCCGGAAAAUUCACGGUGGAGAAUUUCAUGGACGGAAACCAUUGGAUCACUGCUGCGGGAGUACCGGUCAACGAUGGACUUUGACUUUGUUCUGAGUCUUUUGAUUGGACUUUGUUGAUUUUUAUGUUUUAUGUUUUUGUUGGC